ACCGAUGCUAACGCGUGCGUACCUGCGCGGCGCUGGGUUCCUUUUCGCUCAUGGCCUCAUCCCUCCAAUGAACAACAGCAAUAGCUCCACUAGAUCCCCUGUUUUUAUGUCGUCAUCUCGCUGUGAAGCCCCUUCCGUCCCACCGACUCACACCAUCACCCUCGCCGGUGGACACCACGUCCAGAUCGUUGCAUCCCCUGGGCUCUCCGAGUCCGAUCUCAGGAAUGUUGUUGAUUCGGCUUUGUUCAAAAACUGGUUGAAGAAUAUGCAAAGUGAAACAGGAAUUUUAGCUGGUGGAGAGAUAAGUUUGAGACAAGUGCUCAUCCAGGGUGUGGAUAUGUUUGGAAGAGGUGCUGGAUUUUUAAAAUUUAAAGCAGAUGUCGUCGAAAAGGAGACAGGAACGAAGAUUCCAGGUAUUGUGUUUGCACGUGGCCAAUCUGUUGCAGUUCUGGUUAUUUUGGAGUCAGGAGGGAAGGAUUAUGUAGUUCUUACUGAACAGGUUAGAGUUCCUGUAGGAAGAUUUACCCUGGAAUUACCAGCUGGGAUGGUGGAUGAUGACGGAGGUGAUGUUGUUGGUGCAGCUGUUCGUGAGGUUGAAGAGGAGACUGGCAUAUGCUUGAAAAUUGAGGCUAUGGUUAAUCUGACAUCAUUUCUUGACCCAAAAACUGGUUGCAAGAUCUUUCCUUCUCCGGUAGUUUACUAACUUGAUCCCGUUCAACAUCUCUCCUUGGUCCUUGCCACACUAGUCCCCAUUUUAUUGUCCCAAACUAUGAUAUAAUUUCAUGCACUUGGGAUGUUGUCUGUCUAUCUUGAAAUAAUUGAUGACAUUUGGACUUAAGCAGA